AUGGAAGAGGGACCCGAUGGUACAUCAAGUGGCGUCAUCCGUGGGACCUCGCAACAAAUAGUCGGCGCAAGCACACUAGCAGUUGGAGCGAGUCCCGUCGCGAGAAUGCAAAACCUUGAAGGCAUAGCACAAGACGCUCAUGAAAAACAAGAAAAGCUACCCGAAGUAACAAAAGCAAAGCGAUACAACCAAGAUUUCAAGAAUCUAAAUUUUUGUUCUCCUUUUACGGACGACAUUAAUGAAACGUCUAUUCCCAAAUGGUUGAAAGGGCCGAGGGUGCCACCCUACGACGGUACUACAAAUCCAAAUGAUCAUGUAUCCAGUUUCCAGUGGGGGAUAAAAAUGAUACCAAAGGAUCCAAAGUUGUGGAGCCUGUAUUUCGGAGGAACUCUAGAAGGAUCUGCCCGAUACUGA